AUGGUGCUAUCGUCUGUCGCUAAAAAAUGGAAGGAUUUCAAGUUUACCUUAACGAGGCAGUUUAUCCUUCCAUUUACAAAUGACAAGGAGAAGUUAAAAGAACCCCUUCAACUAUAUAACUUCAUAGGGAAAUCACAAUGGGAUGCCUUUGUAGCUUCAAGGUUAUCCCCAGAAUUUGAGGCUGUGCAUUCUGAGCAGUCACAGAGAAGAGAAAAAUGCUAG